GCUGUAUAUAAGGAGCCAUCCGCCCAAGUGCCGCAGGUUCUCUUACAUCGACCGCCUAAGAGUCGCGCUGUAAGAAGCAACACCUCCUCCUCGCCUCCGCCAUCCACCCGGCAGCCGCGAAGCAGCAACCAUGCGUGAGUGCAUCUCCAUCCACGUUGGCCAGGCUGGUGUCCAGAUCGGCAAUGCCUGCUGGGAGCUCUACUGCCUGGAACAUGGCAUCCAGCCUGAUGGCCAGAUGCCAAGUGACAAGACCAUUGGGGGAGGAGAUGACUCCUUCAACACCUUCUUCAGUGAGACAGGAGCUGGCAAGCAUGUGCCCCGGGCAGUGUUUGUAGACCUGGAACCCACAGUCAUCGAUGAAGUUCGCACUGGCACCUACCGCCAGCUCUUCCACCCUGAGCAGCUCAUCACAGGCAAGGAGGAUGCUGCCAAUAACUAUGCCCGUGGCCACUACACCAUUGGCAAGGANAUCAUUGACCUUGUCCUGGACAGGAUUCGCAAGCUGGCUGACCAGUGCACAGGUCUCCAGGGNUUCUUGGUUUUCCACAGCUUUGGCGGGGGAACUGGCUCUGGCUUCACCUCCCUGCUGAUGGAGCGGCUCUCUGUGGAUUACGGAAAGAAGUCCAAAUGA